GUAGCGGUUGCGUAACCUUGAGACGAAAUUGUUUGGCCUCUCCUUCUUUCUGAGCCGGCUUUUAAAACUCGUUCUUUCACCUUUGCCGUUGCCACCUAGCAGCCGCACUUUUUACUCUCCAAUAUUUUAAAGGACUGUCAUGCCUGUCAAACUGUAUUCUGUGUCGGACAGCCCGCCCAGCAUGGCUGUCAAGAUGACACUAGUGGCCUUGAACGUGCCCCACGAGGUCAUCAACAUCGACUUCAUGAAGGGAGAACACCGCACUGAUGAGUACGCUCAGAAAAAUCCUCAGAAGGAGGUGCCAGUGCUGGAAGAUGACGGAUUCUUCCUGAGCGAGAGCGUGGCUAUGAUGCAGUAUAUUUGCGACAAGUACGCGCCGGACAACCAGCUGUACCCAAAAGACCCCCAGAAAAGAGCACUGGUGAACCACAGGCUUGUUUUUAACAUCUCCACCCUCUACAAAUUCCUCAUUGAAUACACGUUUGGCCCUGUUUUUGUUGGAUACCCGCGUACCGAGGAACACAAGAAAAAGGCUGAGAACGCCCUGUCAGUGUUUGAGACGUACCAAAAGCGCCUGGGCACGAAAUACGCUGCUGGAGACAACUUGACCAUUGCUGACCUGAGUUUGGUUACCGGAAUAUUUUGUCUGGAGGCGAUUGACUUCGACAUUUCGGCUUACCCCACCGUCGCGUCGUGGUACAACAACUUCAAGAAGGAGCAGCCUGACCUGUGGGCCAUCUCGAAGCCGGCCAUGGAUGAACUGCACCACUUUUAUCUCAACCCACCCAAUUUGUCAGCUUAAGUAAAUACCGGCGCCGACAGAUUUGUGUGCACACAAUGGGAAUGGCUAUUUUUAGACCGUGCAUCCUCUCGGAAGCUCCGUUUUCUGGAUAAAAUAUAUAUUUUUUCACUCACUGCACUUGGAAACUGUCAAGAUGUAUAAUAAAACGUGCCACUUUCAUUUUUUAGUUGGAGGAAGGAAAA